AUGAGUGACUUCGAAGAAGAAUUUAGCAGUGCAAGAAAUAACAACAGCGAUUCACCCAAACUUGGAAGAAAUCGUGAUUACCUUUGGGAGCAUUUUACGGAUAUUGGACAAGCAAAAACAGGAGGUCAUAGAAAAUGCCAUUGCAAGUAUUGUUCAAGUCAGUUUAAUUACGCCAAAAUUAUCCUGAUGUAUCGACAUAUUGCACAUGAAUGUCAAGCCAUUUUACAAGACAACCCACAAGUCCGUAAAGAGGUUAUUCGACGUUUAUUAAGUUUAAAUAAUCAAGAACAGAGUCCAGAAGAAUCAACAAGAAAACGAUUGAAAAGAAAUACUGGAUCUCCCUCAUCUACGUCUUCAUCAUCUAAUAGUCGUCAAUUACAAAUCGAUUACUUUAGUGCUCGUUCGAUCCCGCUACGAGAAAAACAAGAAAUUGAUCGGUCAUUAUUACGUGCAUUCAUUAUGUGCGGGAUGUCAUUUCACACAGCGAGCAACAUAUUUUUCAAACAAUUUCUAAAUAAACUGAAUUCGAUGUACGUGCCACCCGAUCGAAUGAAACUAUCUCGGGACUUGUUAAUACAAGAAACAAUUCUUGUUGAAAGUAAAAAUGAUGAAAUGUUAAACGAAGCUCAACAUUUAACAUUAAACAUGGAUGGAUGGACCGACCAAGCGGGUCAUUCAUUGUACGAAUACAACGUUGUCACAGAAACGAGAAAAAAUGUGAUUCUGGCGCUGAAAGACCUCAGUGAAUUUAAUCAUACAGCAACAUUUUUAACCGAUCAACUGGACAAUGUUCUACAACGUUCGUCAAUUACUUCUAAUAUAGUAAAAAAAAUUCGUGCAAUUGUAACAGACAACCCAGAUGUAAUGAAAAAAAUGAGAGAAACAUUUAUAUCAAAACUGCUUCAUCAACAUGUUUUAUCGCUAAGAUGUUUUGGUCAUGCGAUCAAUUUGAUUGCUUGUGAUGUAGUUAAACAUAGUUUUUCAUCAAAACUGUUAUCAAAAUUAUCAACUGUGACAACCUAUUUCAAUCAAUCGCACAAAUUCAAAGCAAUACUAAAAGCUGAAGCGAAACGAACUCAUGUGAAAAAAGAGACAUUUGAUUCCAUAGGCGAUACAAGAUGGACAACAGUGGCUGAUUGUUUAAAAUCGUUUAUUUUGUUGAGAAAUCCGUUGGAAACAAUCCUUUGUGUACAUGGCGAAGCAUUACCACCUAAAGUGUUGGUCGUUCUGAAACAAAAGCAGUUGUAUCGUGAAAUUGACAAUUUGUACUGUAUUAUGCGAGUAUUGGCUUACGCAGUUGGUAUUAUACAGGCUAAUUCGGCUACAUUAGCUGACUGUUAUUUAAUUUUAAUUUAUAUCACUCGAUUAAUGGCAAAAUUAACGGCUCAAAAUGAUACAAAAGAAUUUGGGCGCUUUGUUAGUAAAUCGGGGAACAUUCGAUUGAAAGAAUUUCAAAACGAUUACUAUUUAGUAUGUUUUUAUUUACAUCCAAAAUAUCGUGGUGCCGGUAUGUUAACAAAAAAUCGGGAAAUUGUUUAUCGAACGUUAGCGGAUAUAGCAAGAAAAUUGGAAAUAAUGUAA